UGUCACCACAAAAUAAUACACUUCGUACUUCAAAUAAUGAUAAUAAUAAUUCUACAUCACCUAAAAUAGCAGAAUCUCCAAUUGAAUCUGAUAAUGAAUCUGAUAAUGUUGAAAAUAAUAAUUAUAAAGAAAGUUUCAAUUUUGAAUAUGAUAUUGCUAUGUCUGAUAAGGAUAUUCAAAGUGAUAAUAAUGCCAAUUAUGUAGAUGCUGAACCUAAAGAUUUUGUUAGUAACAAUAGUAAAGAUGUGGUUAAUAAUCCUAUUCAGAAGCUUUUUA